AUGGUUUUUUUGGCGAGUCUGUGUCUACAGUGGCCUCUGAAGAUGCUGCGGAUUGUGGCUACACUUGCGAGACUGAAAGAUGCUGUGGGUAUCUACUGGAUAUGCUCAUGAUUGGAGGACUCAUUAGAAACUUCAUCUCUACAGGUUUUUUUUUAUUCGAAAUGAAAGCACUUUUUUCAUCUUUUAUCCUUCCCAUUUCCAGCUGCUCCCCUCUACCGUCCGCAUUCUCUGUUACCGGACGUUGUUGAUAUUUGGCGACAACCAUGGGAAUUUCUGUCUUCCGGUCUAGAACUUCUCCUCACUACGUAUUUGCUGCUUGUCCAUAGGCGAUACCAAACUACUUACUGCAGUCCGGUGGCUGAACUAGCAGACUGCAUGUUUCCAAGUGACGAAAGCGUGUUAAGACAACGUCGAAAGGACGCUUCCAGGAGACCAAAAUGUUCGCCCACUACUACUGACGAAGACAAUUACGGCUCAACAAUAUUAUUCUUUUCCAAUUCAUCCGAUGGUAGGCCGUUUCUCUUUGUUUCCGUACUGGGAAUUCCAAUUCCAGUCGUUGUUUCUCUUUGUUUCCGUACUGGGAAUCUAGAGAAAUGAGCCAGGGAAGUGAAUUGCAUCGAGCUCUAAGACCAUGUUCGUAUUGGUGUUCAAGAUGAAGACUCCUCUUCGAGUGCAGAUGAGAAAGAAGGACUGCUAACAUGGGAUACAUCAGCGAGCACCUUUAAUGGUAAAAUAUCUCCUCGAACAAGUAGCAGCACUAGAAGUACAGCGUCUCCACGAACAGGUAGCAGCAGGACCCGUAGUACAAUACUACCUUCUCGCAAAACUACAACUAGUAAAGUAGCUGAUAAGCAAUGUCCAGCACGACAAGAACGAGGACGAGCAAGACAUCUCUUCAGUGAUUUAGACACGACAAACGCUGAUGACCAAACCUGCGACUCCCUUGAGUUGAGUUCUGACAAUGACGGCAAACGCGACUCCCUUGAACUGACUUGUGAUAGUUCGAGUGCUUCGCUGUUGCCUGAGGACCUCUUGUGUCGGUCUACAGAUUGUGUUAUCCAUGUGGAGGAUGAGGACUCUGCAGAAUAUCCUCCAAGGAAUGCAGGUGCUAGUGCGUACCUCGUUUGUUUUUAGUAUGUACUGGUUAGUAAGUUGGUAGUACUCACUAAUUUAGCGAAAGUGCUGUUGUAAACCACAACCAAAUGCUCACCUGCAUAAUGUUCUUGUAUCGUUUUCAUGUCUGAUGCGAAAGCGAAUCUAUUCGGCAGAUUGCCUAAGAUCUCCCUAUCAUUUUCAUGCAUAUCAAUAUAGACCAUAUUGCAAAACCAACAUACAACCAUGCCCACACCAACUCUACUUCUCCAGGUCCGCGUGACAGCAUCAUGCGGCUGAAUCUGUGUGCUCUGGUCGAUGAGCAUCAUCUCUACGGAUUCGACAAAGAUCUUCCGUAUGCGUCGGCCGCCACCUCAGCCUCGUCAGCACACCAGAUACAAAAUGGCAACAUUUUCCUCACCGCGACAACCUCUUCCAGUACUAGUUUCAAUCACGACAAUAGCGUUUCGACGUUGUACGACUUGUCGAGACUCCUGGGUGACGAAGUGCCGACAAUAAUAGAAGACGUAGCCGACGACGAAGAUUUGCAUGGACUGGCGCUUAAGGCUCACGCGCAAGCAUGUCCUUCGCAUCAAGAUCCUUGGGUCUUCUUUUUCUAGUUGGAAAAGAGGCCAAGGAUGCGCUCAGGGAUGCUAACGCUGUAGCUCUAAUGCGUGUAGUCUCACAUCGAUAUUAGACGAUAUGGAGAUUGCGGACACUCUUGAUGUUUCACCCAAAUUGAUCGACGGCGAUGAGGGUGAAGUUUCGAAAGUCACGUUUUGAGGCGAGGGCCGUAGUUGCGAGAUCUACCCUAUCUUUGUUGAGUACGCGGAUGGACCGUAAUUGCGAGACCUACCACCGCGUCAUCUCCUGGCUGUAGUAACACUUCUAGCUGCAGACAUCGGUCCCUUGAUGGUCAGUUCUGAACCGAGCCAGAGAUAAGCUUUGCGGCAUCCGACACCGUGCCGAUAUGGCUAGAGCGAUUCUACGGUCUCCCACCGGUACUACAGUACUGCUCGCAGCAACCAGGACCCGCGGACUUGCUCGUCCUAGCUGCGCUUCUGCUACGAGCUCAGAAGAGGGAGUCGCUCGUCCUAGCUGCGCUUCUACAGCGAUCUCAAAGUUGUAGUAGGUAAGAGCACAUCAACCACCACGCAUCCAGCGCUUCGUACCCAAGGCUGAGGCAAAAGGCGUGGGAAGCCAACUAGAAGACAACACGAGUCGCGAUUAAGUGAGACUGAGUAAUGAAUGAAGCACUUGUUGAAGGAUCUAUGUUCUGAGGAAUGAAUGAUGCACUAGUUUCAUUUUUGUUUCGAUGUCAAAAAUGCUCCAAUUUGUUUCGUUAUAUCCCCUGCUUUUCAAAAGCCAUAAUAGUUAUAAAAAACGUCGUAGGUACAACAACACAACUGGAAUUAGAAAAGUCACAUCUAUCUAGAACUAGAAAAGUCGCAUACUUAAAUAGAACUAGAAAGCCCAACACAUCGCAUAUGAAACGGAUAUGGUGAACAGACGAUGACGGAUAGGAAAUAGAUUUUAUAUGUUUCUCGUUUCGCAAGAGCUGCUUACAACUACUUACUGAGCAGAUGCUAAGCUCGGAACUACCGAGGGAUGCUCAACAAGGGUUCUCCAGAUUCAAUUGCCAGGUUAAAAAAAAAAGCUCUUCCACUGCUCUAAAGCCAUAGGCUCUAAAGUCAUAGGCUCUUCAAUUUCCAUAUACAACUGGAAAAUCAAGAAAAUAGGCUAGACUCUAUGGAACGGUUUCGACUUCGUUCCCUAGGGUCUGGUCUCAAGGUUGAUUCGGCAGGUCUAACCGGAGAUAAAUGUCAUGAUUCUAUCCUGGUUUCAUGAUGAGGAAAGACCGCUGGCGUGGAGAGACGGCCACUUGAU